CGCGUGCUGCCGCAGCUCUCCACACCUUCUGAAGACAUUCUGUCUGUGUUCCUCGACCGUUCUCCGACUUCGAACGAAUAUUCCGCUCCAGCCAUGACUGAGAUGUCUGAGAUGUCGUCAUUCGGAGGCGACGGACUCUCCGGAAUUGAGUCGUCGGCCAUGAGCGGCAGUGGAAUAUCCUCUGACAAAGAAGAUGAUGCCAGCCCACAGAGAAUCAUGUUCGCCGUCAUCAUGCUUUGCCUGUUUAUCGGUCUUGCUGGAUUUGUCGCCUACCUGUUGCUGGGAACAGUGAGCGUUGAAGAAGCAGACGAAGCGGACAUCUUUGGAGGAGACACUGGCGGUGGCGGUGGCGGUGGCGGUGGUGGUGGUGGUGGUGGUGGAGGCAGCCCUUCACCUAGAGUGCCACCUACUACGCCAAGGGCAGCUGGCCGUGCACCAGACGGCACACCACCAGAUGUCCCGACACCCGAACUCCCUCCUCCAGAUGUCCCUCCGCGAGCCGCCCCUCCUCCAGGAGUCCCUCCGCGACCUGCACCUCAUCCAGCUGUGCCACCACGACCUGCACCUCAUCCAGCUGUGCCACCACGACCUGCACCUCCUCCAGCUGUGCCACCGCGACCUGCACCUCCUCCAGCUAGGCCGCCGCCCGCACCAAUGCCUCCACCUACGAAGCCAUUCUCGGUCAACGAGCUCGUGUGCACGGUCGGGGCCUACGCGAUCUUCCCCAGCAUGAUCCCGACGGACGGCCUCUGCACCUACAUCUACUACAGGGACGUCGCAAUUGCUCGCGGCACUCUGCACGGCGUCCUGGUCCCUGAAAGCUGGGCGACGUUUCAGAAUGAGAUGCAGAGCCGCAGUCGACCUUUGGGCGGCAUCGGCUUCGAUAUCCGGUACUCAAGCGCCGCCGACUUCAACGGAACGAUAGAGGAGAAGCUAACGGAACUUGUACCGAAAAACAUCAAGCACUAUGGUGUUCUGAACGUGCUGCAGAGCGCACAGAAGAUCAGGGCGCUGUACGACAAAGCAAAAAAACUUCUUGAAAAACUAAAAAACUUUCAAGGCAGCGACGCCAGCAGAAAAACGUUAAUAGCUCUCGGAAUAACCAGUUAUCAAGAGCCAAGCGCGUAUGAGCUCCUGCAGACCAUUUUUACCGACGCUGUCAACAACCACGUGGCAGACACGGUCAUCGCCUACAGCUCUGUGGGGUGGACCGAGGGUAAAGGAGUGUGCUACAGCCACCCACCUUCCGUUUUCGACAGCAGCGCGUACAAGGCAUCUGCUGCCAAGCAAGCCGGCCGGGCACCUGACAUCAAAAGUAUCGCACAGAUGAUGAGGAGAGACAAGCAGUACACAUCGAAUACCAAAAUGGGUCUUUCCUUCGAGCUCGGCACACUGGUCUACACUUUGAAGAAGCCUUAUGCGGGAAGCGUCGUCACUGAGGAUAUGGUCAACGCCGAAUGUGUCACCCUCUUCGUCACCAACCUGGACGCUGCGCCUUGCAAGGGCGAUUUGAAGUUGAGGCGAGUUGAACUGUUCACGGGCGUCAACGUGGCACAAGUGGCAAGCGAUAAGACGAAGGCCAUGUUCUUCGAGAGCGAAGACACCCUCAAGGCAAAGUGCCUCAAACUGGCCGAGAAUUCCACCUUCCUGCGGCCGGACAUGUCUUUGUUGCUGGUGAACGCCCACCUCGGGGACCCCACCGACAGCUGCCCCGGUCUGGACGGUCCCGAAAGGGGCGCGAUCUUUUGGCGAAUCGAAGUGGUCAAGAGAGCGCUCAAUAUACCGUGACCCCGAGCCGCGAGCAUGAAGCUUGCGAGAAGUUCCGGACUGUGCGGCGCCAGCGGCGAUGUGCUUCAUUGUGCCUUGUCUCAUUUUGUGCGGUAAAAUGAUCGUCUGGGCAACUGCAUUUCUUUUUUGUUCACUGUCAUCACUUAGCCUAGCCCAACUAUAUUAUAUUUUCUCUCGUCCAUGUA